AUGGCCGAGGCGUACGUUCGUGCUUUCCAGACGAUCGUUGGCUUGCUUGGUAUCUUCGGUAACAGCCUCGUCUGCGUUGUGAUAUGGCGCGUUCGGAUCAUGCACACCCUGACUAAUGUCUUCAUCUUCAACCAAGCUGUGGUCGACUUCUUCUCGUCUCUCAUGUUGAUACUCAGCAUUAAUGUGCCGGUCCCUGAGAAGGUACCUGAAGGUGUUGCCGGCCUCUUGCUGUGCUACCUCUGGGUGACUCGUGUCUUCUUAUGGUCGUCGUUCUUUACGUCCACGACGAGCUUGGUGUCGCUGACCAUCGAGAGGUACGUUGCGAUUGUGUUCCCGUUCAAGUAUCAAGUUUUCUUCGGUCGCCGUGUUGCUGCGGGUCUCAUCACUUUGACAUGGGUGUACGGGUUUCUCUCGUCCGGGUUCAACCUGGUGUGGGUGGAAUACGUCGAGAAGGACGGCAGCUGCAAGGCGUAUGUCUUACCCGAGCCACCGGUGGUCAGCGCUUUCUUACUCUUGCAACUGAACUUCAUGGUCCCCGCAACUGUCAUGUUCAUCGCGUACAGCCAUAUCUCCAUCACCCUGAAACGCACGGCCAAACGCGCAGCACCCACCACAGGGGCUUCGUCGAGCUCAACGGACGCAACGACGAUAGAUGGGUCUCUCCUGCGCGCGAGACGCAACACCUUCAAGACGCUCUUCAUUGUCUUCGUGGUGUACAUGAUUUGCUGGGCCCCAAACACUAUCAUAUUCAGCCUGUUUCUACUCGGGGUCGAGAUAGAUCUUGAUGGGGCUCUAUACAUCAUCUCAGUAUUUCUGGUUGUUUGUAAUUCGUGUGCGAAUCCUAUUAUAUAUGCGUUGAAAUAUAGACAGUUCAGGAAGGGUUUGAAUAAACUGUUGGGCCGAAACAACCGGGUUGACAUUGACGGUGACAUCACUACUGUGUCUGGCCGUACCGGGCAAAGAGAACGAACUUGA